ACAAACACAAAAUGCAAGCCUCCUCCUCUCUCUCUGUCAGUCGGUCAAUAAUUUCCAGCGCCAAAACAAUUUUGUAUAUUGAUAAGGAAACGUUAAAAUUUGUCGCACAAUCCUUUUCCAUAGAAUCGUACUAAAUCUCUCUCUCUCUCUCUCUCUCUCUCUAUAAAACUCACAUUGCACAGCACUGUGCUGCAAGUUUGCUUCGAGCUGUGUCUCUCUCCGGACAACAUUGCAAAGAUUCCCGAGAAAGUUCAAAACUUUCCCGGAAAAUUCAAAGGGUAUUUUCAUAUUUUUCUCACUGCCCAAAUAAGUAUCAAAGCUUGAAUCAGUGGCGGAGAAAAGUGACAAUGGAAGGUGGAAAAGGCGUGGGGGAGAAGAACGGAACAAACGAUGUUGUUUUGCAGAUUUUGGUCGGCGAAGAGCGCACAAGUUACAACAAUGAAACCAGAGACUUGAAUCUUCACCUGACGGAGCUUCAGAGCCUCAGAGUCUCCGGCUCUUCUUCGCCAGAAAUCCCAAGGCUGAGUCGUACGCCGCCGCCGGGGAAGCCGUGGAAAAUCCCAACCGAACCCACUUCCCUGCAAGCUCCGUUUUCGCGGUCGGUGUUCUCGAAGCCCAAGUCGAGGUUCGUGGAGCCGUUUCCCCAGUUGAAGUCAAUUGCUAAUGCCUCCAAUGUGGCAUCGCCAAGCUCCAAAAUCGCAGGCACAAAACCGAGAGACGCUCUGAGGUCCGCCUCGAUAACCCCACGAACACCGUUGGUCGACGGUGGCGAGGAGGACGAUGAUGAGGAGGUUUAUAAGACUGCAAAGCUAAAGGUGUGUGCGAAGUCCGGUAAGAAGAUAAAAAAGUUGGCAUUGACUGAGUUGGUUGCAUUUGUUUGCAUUGUUUUGUUUUUUAUUGCUGGCAUAACUGUACCCACGUUGGAAAAUAAGAUGUAUUUGGGGUUGGGAUUGUGGAAAUGGUGUGUCUUGGUGUUGGUUGUUUUGUGUGGUAGGUUGGUCACAGAAUGGUUUAUCAAUGUUCUGGUUUUCGUGAUUGAGUUGAACUUUUUGCUUAAGAAGAAUGUUUUGUAUUUUGUGUACGGGUUGAAGAGAAGUGUACAGAUUUUUAUUUGGUUGGGUUUGGUUCUUCUGGCAUGGGGUUUGUUGUUCGACAACGAAGGGAAGAGGUCAAGCAAAACCUCUAGGAUCCUAGGUUAUGUUACACGGGGUCUAGCUUCAUGCCUAAUUGGAGCGGCCAUAUGGCUGGGGAAGAAUUUGUUUGUCAAAGUAGUAGCUUCUUCAUUCCAAUGCAAUAGAUUCUUUGAUCGGAUUCAAGAAUCAAUCUUUCAUCAGUAUGUUCUCCGCACCCUUUCCGGGCCUCCACUGAUGGAAAUGGCAGAAAGAAUCGGGAGGGCCCCAAGUAGCGGUCGGUUGAGUUUCAAAAAUUUGAAGGGAGGGAAAAGGGAGGGGAAUGAAGGGGCCAAAGAGGAGGUGAUUGAUGUAGAAAAGCUCAAAAAAAUGAACCAAGAGAAAAUUUCUGCUUGGACCUUGAAAGGGUUGAUUAAUGUCGUAAGGAGUACAGGGUUAUCUACCAUCUCCGACUCACUUGAGAGUCUUGACGACGAGGAGUGUGAGCAGAAAGGUAAGGAGAUUACUAGUGAGUGGGAAGCAAAGGCUGUGGCUUAUGAUAUUUUCCUGAAUGUCGCCAAGAGUAACAAGUACAUUGAGGAAGAUGACCUCUUGCGCUUCAUGAAAAAGGAGGAGGUCGACAUUGUUUUACCUCUGUUUGAAGGGGCAGCAGAAACUGGCAAGAUCAAGAGAAAAGCUUUGAAGAACUGGCUGGUGAAUGUUUACCUUGAGCGCAAAUCACUGGCGCAUUCCUUAAAUGACACUAAAACAGCAAUAGAGGAGCUGAAUAGGCUUGCCUCAGGGUUUUUGCUUCUGGUGAUCAUUAUCGUGUGGCUACUUGUGAUGGGAUUUUUCACGACAAACAUGCUGGUCUUUAUAGCAUCUCAGCUUUUAACGCUGGCGUUUGUAUUUGGUAAUACUGCUAAAACUGUGUUUGAAGCGAUCAUAUUCGUCUUUGUGAUGCACCCUUUUGAUGUAGGGGACCGUUGUGUCGUUGAUGGAGUACAGCUUAUUGUUGAAGAGAUGAACAUAUUGACAACGGUCUUCUUAAGAUCUGACAACGAGAAAGUUUUCUAUCCAAAUUCAGUACUGGCUAGUAAACCCAUCAGCAACUUCUAUAGGAGCCCGGAGAUGGGUGAUUCUGUUGAUUUUACCAUUGACGUUUCUACGAAGGUUGAGACCAUUGUGGCUCUAAAAGCCAGAAUAAAAGAGUACUUGGACAGCAAGACUCAGCACUGGCGUCCUGCGCAUAGCGUGGUGGUUAAGGAUAUUGAGGACGUUAACAAAAUGAAAAUGGCUCUUUACGUUACACAUACCAUAAACUUUCAGAACUAUGGCGACAAGACCAGUCGGAGAUCAGAUUUGAUCUUCGAGCUGAAGAAAAUAUUUGAAGAUCUUGGUAUAAAAUAUCAUCUCCUGCCUCAAGAAGUUCAUCUCCGCUAUGUCGGAUCAUCCGCUGCAGAACUUCCACCCACAUGGCGGUGAUUGUUUCUGUGUAUGCUCACUGUUCUAAAAACCCCCGCCUAACGCCCGUUAGACAGUUGGCCACUGCCCUGAUUAAUGCUUAGGUGUUUGAAAAUUAAGAAAGGGCGCCUAGACUUACUGAGGCGCCCGCCUAAACCACCUAGGCACCCGCCUAACCCGCUUAAACCCACCUAGACACCUGUCUAGGUUGCGACUCACUUAGACAGAAAAUAGAUAACUUUCAUUUUACAUUUUAUUUUUUCAAUAAAUUGGAAGAGACUUGUUGAAUACUUAAAGGAACAUACAUUUUAUA